GGUCGUAUUAAAAAUUGUGUUGUAUUCCUUUCAAAAGUAGGAACCAUCGUGUUGAGAAGGAUAGAAAAGACGAGUGAGGUUUGUUUUUAAUAACAGCAUUGAAGAGAAAUAUUUUUAAUUUCAAAAAAAGAAAGAAAGUGGCAAGCACAUCACAGCUCGAGUAGAUUCGCCUUGCUAAGUAAUCCUGCAUCAGUCCAAUGUUUUGCUAAAGGAUGGAACGUCACGUUGCAUGCAUCAAAAUUCUGUUCAUUUGGACAUUGUGUGUAAAUUCAGCAUUUCCGGCAGUAUUAUACACAGACAGUCCGACAAUAAGUGGAAUAUUCAAUCAAAGUGCAAUUAUAUCAUUCAAAGCAAACAUCACUGCGAAUGAUAAUAGAACGGUGAAAUCAUUUUAUGUAGAACUACCACCAUCAACUCAACAAAUCGCAAUAGGUAGCAAUAACGUUCUUCAAGCUCUUCCAGUACCACCAUUUAAUUCAAGGCUAACUGCCAGUGCUGCAAACCAGGAGUAUCUGCUGCAGGUUAACCCGUUAAAGUUUUCAGAUGAUUAUACUUUUCGAGGUGUUUUGAUUUAUUUAUUGAACAACAAUAUCAAUAAUCCCAUUGCAGUUGAACAGGAUGUAAAACUUGAUGUGCUUGGUGGACCGCAUGUGUGUGGAGAUGAUCUCCCUUCAAAUAUUACUCUUAAUGCAACAUUUUCUGUUGUGUUGAGCAUACAUUUAUGUGGUCGUCAAAAACCAUUGGUAACAUGGAGUAUAGAUAACGAAACAGUCACAACACAUUAUUCGAAUACAACUGAAAAUACAACUGCAGACGCCCAAUAUGUAUAUAGUGUUGUGUUACCUAAAGUAUCUGCAUCCAUGUGUGGGAAAACACUGAAGUAUAUAGCAACUGGAUAUGAAUCUGACAAAAUUGGAACCGCCUUGUUAGAUACCCAAUUUAAGCCACCUGCGGUCGUUAUUACACAAUCUUACAAGGACUUACUGUGCGUACGUACCACUUGGGACCCAAUUGAUAUUGGCCUAUGUACAGGUUAUUACGAGGUCAACUUGAUGAACAGCUCUGAUAAAACUGUGCAUUCAGCAGUUCUUAACGACACUACAGCGGAUUUUACGUAUUGUUACAACACCAGCAGUGGUUUAAUUAAUGUCACAUAUGUACGUGUGCGAGCCUUAUACGGAAAACAGUUUGGAAUGUGGAGUCAACGGAAUGUCUCACUUACUGCACCUACAACCGUGUCGACAACAACAAAGUCAGACAGUUCAGGAGCAGCAGGAGAUGAUGAUGACGACGAUGAUAAAACACUCAUCAUCGCUAUUGGAGCAGGUGCUGGAGGGUUGGUGGUCCUUAUUAUAAUAAUCGUGUUAAUCUGUUGUUGUUGUGGAUGUUGUGGAAGAAAGAAAGAAAAAGACGAUCUACAAAGGCAUUCAGUGCGCGGGUACAGUUACCGCGAGACAAGCAACAAUAAUAUUACUGCUGACGUCUACAAAAAUGAUGUAGAGAUGGGUAAUGCAAAUACGUACACAGAAUUUCCCGCAGAAAAUAAAGACGAGUUAGCUGAGAAUGAAAACAAUACGAGAGAAAAUGAAGUUGCAUAUAAGGAUAUGAGCGUAGAAUUUGACAACAAGGAGGAGGGUGAGGAACAGGAGGUCAAGGAUGAGGAUGAUGAGCAUGAAUUUGUUUCCGUAGCUCAAUUAAAAUAUUAUGAUCCGGAAGAGUUUAAAAUCAAAAAAACACCAACAAUAGAGAAUUUAAACACUGAAAAGCCAACAGAAGAAGAGCAUAAAGCGAAUCUUGGAUAUGUUGAAAACAGAACUUAUAAUGAUGACGAAUUUGACACGGACAGCGAUCAUGAUUAUGAAAAUUAUGACGUCACUAACAAUGAAAAACCGGAACACGAAAAUCAUUAAACUUGAAGGGAUGAGAAAUGCGACAAUAUAAAAAUAGUCAAUCUAAGAAAUGGGAGAAUAAAUCUUCUAUUUUUUUCUAUACAUUAAGCUUGAAAUAAUCUUAGUUGGAAUUUCAGAAUAUUCACAGAGGAAAAGUAUUAUUAGAAACAAGCUGUUAAGGAAAAAUCUGCCAGAUUUAUUUGAAAGAAGAUGCAGAAAGCAAUUGCAAAUUUUGGUUGAUGUAAAUAUUUUUUAAUCACGUUUAUCUCUAAACAUUACGAACGUCAUGCAGCAGACUUGAAAUGUACAUUUAAUGCUGUUGUCAAUCCAUUUUGGAAAUGCGCUUAUCACUUCAAUAAUAUUAAUUUUCCAAUAAUUACUUUAUCACUUUGAUAAAUUUAUUUAUUUGUUUAUUCUUAAUUAGUUUAUUUUUAUUUAUUUACCACAUAUUUUUGUACAAAAUUGCUUUUUAAGAAACAUAAACCAGUUUAAACGG